AUUCUCUUCCCCUGAUGUUUCGUUUCUUCUUCUCCUUUUGCGUAGAUCGUUGACGAGGUCAAACAUCACAUACCUUUUUUGAGUCUGCAUAUAUAUCACUCUUCUUCUUCUUCUUCUUCUCAUCAUUCCUUUGUCGAGACUCUUUGUUCUUGCUCUGGUUCUGUAUUUCUCCGACAUCCAUUUUUUGCAGUAACGCAAGAUUCUAAUUAUUAGCAAAGAUAAAAGAAAUGAAGCCAGGAGCAUUUGCAUUGAAUCCGCAUGCAGCAUCAUAUGUACCACUUUCUAAAAGAAUGGAUUGUGGUCGCGGUGAUGAUGGUCUGGUGUUUGCCAUGGCUCCUGCGCAGCAGAUAAGUUUCUCAGGGGUUGAAGUGUCAAUGCAGAAGAAAUCCUCUGAAAUGGCAUACAAGCAGAUCAGGGAUGAUGAUUUGGAUAUAGAGAUGGAUAUAGACAUGGAUAUUGAAUACCUUCUAGUCACAUUCUCUGGUCUCUCACAAGAGUCUAUUACUGAUGUUUACCUCGCCAAUAGCGGUGAUCUUGAAGCAACCAUUGAGAUGCUGAAUCAGCUUGAGAUAUACAGCACUGAAUCUCAAGAGAACCUCCCAGAGACACUUGAUAUUGGCAUUGGGGAUAUCUCUGAAUCAGGGCCUUCAACCUCAAAAGCUUCUGAAGUCGUUGCAUCAUCAUCAUCUGUUAUCCCUACUAAUGCACCUGUAUCGGCCUGAUCUAAUGAAUCCUUAGUUGUGAAGUUUUACUCUCUUUUUUUUCUUUUGGUUUGCGUACCCAUAAUAAGUACAGUAAUGAUGGGGGAGUAUAGUAUCAAAAAUGUUGAUGUUAUCUUUAGAGCAUUGAUGAUAUGUAAGUGGUGGGAAAAUGUAUAGUUUUUGGAAGUUCAAAUCUGAGUGGUGUGUUGUUGGGCUGCAGAUUAGUGUACUCUGGUCUUUUGCUCCCUUUUUAUCUGCAGCUCCAUCUGUGGAUUGGAUUUUCAUAUGAAUAAUAAUGA